AUGAUUGACGAGCUAGAGAUUUCAGUACUGGAAAACAGAGGAGGAGUGAAGAAAACAACAAUAGAAGAGAAGUACAGAAUCAACCCUAAUUUGUUGAUAUCAAUGUCCACUGAAGUAAAUCCCAACAUCAUCCCAGGCUGUUGUGGCGAUAGGUCAAGGACUAUGGUGUGA